ACGCAGGCCCAGUUUAUGAGUUUAAAGCCACUUUUAAGGCCACCACCCAAAUGGUCAAACAUGGGCACUUCAUAUUCUUCGUGCUCUCAUUCCACCACCACACUCUCCACUCACUCCCUCCUCCUCACGCACCCCAAAUCAUCUGCCUUUAAGCAAUCAGGAUUCCCAAAUCCCGAUUCCAAAUUCCAUUCCACCCACCAAAUUCCGCAGACCCAUCUGAGGAUCAUGUCCCAGAAACCCUCUCAGGUUUUGGGUGGGAAAGUUGAAGUUGGGGAGACCCAGGAGGGAAUUUCCAAAAGACCCAUGAUUGAUUUUCAUGGGAUUGAUGAGGGGCUGGUGGAGAAGAUGGUGUAUGAUGCUCUUGUUUGGAGCUCUCUUCAUGGGCUUGUUGUUGGUGACAAGUCCGUUCAGAGAUCAGGAAAAGUACCUGGUGUAGGCAUGGUACAUGCACCAUUUGCUUUGUUUCCGAUGCCGUUUCCAGAAAGUCAUUGGAAGCAAGCAUAUGAGUUAUCCCCCAUAUUUAAUGAACUUGUCGAUCGAGUGAGUUUGGAUGCAAAGUUUCUGCAGGAUUCACUGUCCAGAACGAAGAAAGUGGAUGCUUUUACAUCUAGACUUCUAGAUAUUCACUCCAAGAUGCUAGAGAUUAACAAGAAAGAGGAUAUACGCUUGGGUUUACAUCGCUCAGAUUAUAUGCUUGAUGAAGAAACUAAACAACUCCUUCAAAUAGAGAUGAACACAAUUUCAUCUUCAUUUCCGGGACUCGGUUGUCUUGUCAGCGACCUUCACAGGAGCUUACUUAAUCACUAUGGAGAAUAUCUUGGAUUAGAUUCCAGAAGAGUUCCUAAUAAUCCUGCAGCCACUCAGUUUGUAGAGGCUUUGGCUAAAGCUUGGACUGAAUACAAUAACCCCAGGUCCGUAAUCCUGUUCGUGGUUCAGCCUGAAGAGCGGAACAUGUAUGACCAACACUGGCUUUCUGCUCUGUUGAAAGAAAGACAUAAUGUAUCAACUCUUCAAACAUUGGCUGAAAUUGAUUCAGAGGGGAAGCUUCGACCAGAUGGAACACUUGUUGUGGGUGGCCAAGAAGUUGCAAUUGUUUAUUUCAGAGCUGGGUAUACACCAAUUGAUUAUCCAUCUGAAUCAGAGUGGAGAGCAAGGUUCCUUAUGGAGCAGUCAUCUGCCAUCAAGUGCCCCUCAAUUUCUUAUCAUCUAGUUGGGACCAAAAAGAUUCAACAAGAACUUGCAAAGCCUAACGUUCUUGAGAGGUUCCUUAAUGAUAAAGAGGACAUUGCAAAACUGCGAAAAUGCUUUGCAGGAUUGUGGAGUUUGGAUGACUCGGAUAUUGUCAGAAAGGCAAUAGAGAUCCCCGGGUUAUUUGUUAUGAAGCCCCAAAGAGAAGGCGGAGGGAACAAUAUCUAUGGUGAUGACGUAAGGGAAGCCCUUGUACGAUUGCAGAAGGAAGGGUCAGAAGCAGAUGCUGCUUAUAUCCUAAUGCAGAGGAUAUUCCCAACUGUUUCUCACACAUUCUUGAUGCGUGAGGGCAUAUGUUAUAAAGAUGAUACCAUAUCUGAGCUCGGGGUAUACGGUGCUUACUUAAGGAACAAGGAUAAAGUGAUCUUGAACGACCAAUGCGGCUACCUGAUGCGGACAAAGGUUUCCUCAUCAGAUGAAGGUGGAGUUGCAGCUGGAUUUGCAGUCUUAGAUAGUUUAUAUCUAACCUGAAGAAGUCGGCUCCAAAUUAUACUCGAAACGGGUUAGUUUAUAGAGCUAAACAGUUUGUCAUCGAUUUAUUUACUCAAACAAAACAUAUGCGCAACAAGAUCCGAUAUGUUACUGAGAUCUAACAAGCCAAAGAACCCUUUCGUGUAUUUUUUUUUCGCAUUCUCUCUUCAAUUUCUUGCCACACUUUCUCAAUGGCAUUCAAAAUUUUGGAUACAUGGA